AUGGGCAGUUUGCUGAGCGGAGUCAGCUUCAAGGAGCCCACCACGGUGGAGGACUGUGACUCGACCUGGGAGACGGAUUCGGAGCCGGAGCUGCAGGACCCCGGCGGGGAAGAAGGGCCACCGCUGGAGCAGGAGGGCGGCGGCGGCGGCGAGGGCGACGACGACCCAGCGGAUGACCGGCAGCAGCGGCGGCGACAGCAACAGCAGCAGCAGCAGCCGCCGCCGCCAGAGGAACCGCUCCCUGCGACAGGCGACCGGCCGGAAGCCGCCGAGAACCGCGAAGGGGCUGCCGAGGAGGAGGAGAAGGCAGGAGGAGACGGGGUGGCCGAAGAAGACGAAGCCGAGGGCAGGGAGCAGGGAGAGACCGAAGCCCCCGGGCCCGAACAGGGGGAUGAUUCAGUUGAUGCAACGGCUAAACCAAAGAGAAGUUUUUAUGCUGCAAGAGACUUAUAUAAAUAUCGUCAUCAAUAUCCACAGAACUUUAAAGAAUUGAGAUACCAGAAUGAUUUGUGCAACCUCCGCUUUUACAAGAACAAAAUUCCCUUUAAACCUGAUGGGGUUUAUAUCGAAGAGGUCCUGAAUAAAUGGAAAGGAGAUUAUGAAAAGUUGGAACACAAUCACACUUACAUACAAUGGCUGUUUCCACUCAGAGAGCAAGGACUGAAUUUCUAUGCAAAAGAAUUAACAACCUGUGAAAUUGAGGAGUUCAAAAAAACGAAAGAAGCGAUCCGAAGAUUCCUGUUAGCUUACAAGUUGAUGCUGGAGUUUUUUGGGAUAAAAUUAAUCGAUAAAACUGGGAAUGUGGCACGAGCUGCUAACUGGCAAGAAAGAUUCCAGCACUUGAAUGAAUCCCAACAUAAUUACCUGAGAAUCACCCGGAUUCUGAAGAGCCUCGGUGAACUUGGUUAUGAGAGUUUCAAGCCUCCUCUUGUGAAAUUGAUUCUUCACGAGGCUCUGGUGGAAGAAACCAUCCCCAAUAUUAAACAGAGUGCUCUGGAAUAUUUUGUGUACACCAUUAGAGAUCGAAGAGAGAGGAGAAAGCUCCUACGGUUUGCCCAACAGCACUACACGCCUUCUGACCAUUUCAUAUGGGGGCCACCGAGGAAACAGAAGCCGGAAGGAAGCAAACCAAGUAAAAAGCUGGCUUCACCCGUGUCCCUUCGUAACAGCUCUACUUGUAAACAUAAAAAGACAAAAGAUCUUAAGAACGUGUCUGAAAUUUGUAACUCGAGGAAUAAAACCAAUGACGAGAAAAAGACAGAGCAUAUUAAAAAUGGUACAGAUAGUGAUCAGAGUAAGAAAACCAGCUCCCCCGAAGUUGUUAAGCAGGGCAGUGUGGUAAAAAAUAGUAGUGCUGAGUGUCAGAACUCUAAAAUGGACAUUGUCGAGCCUUUGAAUCAGAAGGAGACUAUUUCUCACUUAAAAAAACAUAAAGGCAAAAACAAGGAAAACGUUAGCCAAGACUGCAAACAUUUGGAAGAUACAGAAAAAGAUUCAUGUGAGACUAAAAACAAUUCAACAAAUAUGUCAUCAGAUAUGCAAGACAAUAUAUGUAAGGAUAAAAACCUGGCAAGCUCAUCUGUAAGAAAUAAAGAGUGA